AUGGGAAAUGACUUAACAAAAGCUAUCCAGUAUUGCUGGAGAGGAGGUUUCAUACCACAAGGAUUCAAUGCAAUUUUUUUAUUACUUCUUCCAAAAGUCAAGAAUGCAAAGAAAGCUGGUCAGUUUAGACCAAUUGGUUUAAUGAACUUCAGUUUUAAAGUAAUUACAAAGAUUAUAUCCUCAAGAUUUGGAAGUUUAAUACAAAAAAUAGUAUCACCUCAACAAGGAGCAUUCAUAAAAGGUAGAAACAUACAAGAACAAAUUGUUCUUGCUUCAGAAUUGGUAAAUGAACUUGAAAUUAAAAGCAGAGGUGGAAACUUGGGCAUAAAGUUGGACAUAUCUCAAGCUUAUGAUUCACUCAGUUGGGAGUUCUUAUUUCAUGUAAAUGAGGAAGUUUGGUUUUUCAGAAAAAGGAAUCUCUUGGCUUCAUAUUUUGCUGAAAUCUGCAAGAAUAUCAGUUCCGUUGAAUGGUGGACUUGUGGGGUACUUUCAAGUAGGGAUGGGACUCAGGCAAGGAGAAAUGUUAAAAAACUAGCUGCACUUCUCAAAGAUUAUCAAGCUGCACCAGGACAAAUAUUCAAUCUUGCAAAAAGCAAAUGUUUUAUUGGUGGAACUAGUGAUCUAAGAAAGCAACAAAUAGCUGAUGAAUGCAGAAUGCCUCUUUCUACUUUUCCAUACAAGUACUUAGGUGUUAUGCUCACACCUGGAAGAAUCAAAUCUCAACAUGUUUGGAAUUGUGUAGAACAAAUACAAGCAAGCUUAACUGGAUGGAUGGGUAAGCUAUUAUCAUUUCAAGAAAGACUGAUAUUGGUAAAACAUGUGCUCUGUAGUAUUCCCAUCUACAGUAUGUCAGUAUAUAAAUGGCCUCAAAGAGUUUUAAAGGAAUGUGAACAAAUUAUUAAAAAAUUUCUAUGGCCAGGAGACCCUGCAAAAAGAAAGAGUAUUACAUUAAAAUGGGACAAGGUAUGUUCUCCAUUUGAAGAAGGUGGUCUUGGUCAGAGAAGAUUGGAAAUCAUGAAUAAAGCACUCUUUAUGAAGCCUUGGUGGAAAAUGAUGAAUAGUAAAGAAGAAUGGGCAAGAUAUUUUCAAGAAAAAUUCUUAACCAAGAAUGGUGAGUGGAUUGGGUAUCAUAAAAAAUCCUCUAUACUUCCAGGUUUGAAAUGGAUUUCAGAAGAUGUGAAGAACUUCACAAGAUGGAUAGUGGGUAAUGGUGGAAAUAUUUCAGUCUGGAAUGAUACAUGGAUAAAAGAAAAACCAUUGGGUGAAUUAUAUCCAGAAAAUAUAUAUCUUAAUCAAUUCCCAAAUAUGAAAUUUGCAAAUUUAAUAAUUGAUGGAGAAUGGGUUAUGCCUACAGAAUUACUGGAAAUGGUAUCAGUUAAUGAGCUGCCUGUGAUCAGUAUUGUGGAUGACAAAAGAAUAUGGUGUGGCACAAUUACUGGGGAAUUGAUUGUCUCUUCUGCCGUGGAAUGUAUCAGAACAAAGUAUCCUAAAGUGAGCUGGUCAUAA